UCUCACUCAUAGAAAAUAUGCUAUGCCUCUGUGACUUUUGUGCUAUGUAAUGAAAUUAUAGUUAUUGGAGCAGUUGUAGAUAUAGUAUUAAAAUAAGUGAUUUAAUUUAUUGGACUAAUUUAAUAAUUUAAUAUAUUUAGUGUACAAACCACAGGAAGAUGCGUUUGGUUGUUGUCCUGGCACUGCUGUUGUGCAGUGUUACCAUCUCUCAUGGGUUCGAGGACACAAAUCUUGAGGAUGAUGAUUUCGCCGAGUUUGAGCAGUUUGAAUCUAACGAUGAGAAUGAAGCUGGGUUCAGCAAAGAAGAGGUCGAAGAUACACCAAAAGUAAAUAAGAAGGAUGAAUUCGAUACCAACUCAGUGGAAGACGAUAUUGUUGUAGAGGAUGAGGACAAUGAAUUUGAACAUUUCCAAGAUCCCGAGGAAUUUGAAGGAUUCCAGGAAUCUACACCCAGGAAUGCGGAGCAGCCAAAAAUUACAAUUUCCAAGGUCCCAAUAGUGAUGCGCCCUCGUUUGGAUGCUUAUUGGCUGGAAGGUGUUCUGUGCUGUUUAUUGGCAGCGUACGCCCUCGUGUAUGCCAUUGGUCGUGCCAAAAAUACGACCAUCGCUACAAACUUCCUCAAGCUACACAGACCGCUAUUGGAAGAUAAUUUUACAUUAGUCGGAGAAUCGGGUUCGGAUAUGGUGCCAGAAGACCGCGGCUGGCGGCGGGAAGCGGAACAUUGCUUCACAAUGUGGUGCUCGGGUCGCCAGUGCUGCGAGGGCAUGUUGCUCACACUCAAACUCAUUAAGCGUCAAGACCUAGUGAACGUUCUGCUGGGCGUGGUCCGGCCGAAUCCCGACACGUUGCUGAUAAGAGUGGAGCUCGGCAAGGAUGAUAACGACCCCUUCGUGCUGUGCGUCGCGCAGAAGAAGGUGGCCACGCGACUGUCCAAGGAAAUGCAAGAUCUGAGCAUGUUCUGCCCGGAGCGCCGUCCCGGGGACAAGCACGGCCUCCCCGGCUCUCUAUCUGUGAUGUCAGAAUGCGCGGAGGCUACGGCGGCCUUGUUGGACGCCCGGGUAGUCGCAGCCCUGACCCAGUACGCCGCCCACGUGCAGUACAUACACGUGUCCGACAGAUACUGCGGCCCCAAACAGAUGGAGGAAACCUCGGUAACAAAGCCUCCGGAGACCGAGCGCGUGUUGUUGGCGAGUCUGUCUCUGAGCGGCGAGGGCGGCGGGGACGAGGUCAGGCCUCUGAUGCUGAUGAUCUUCUACAUGCUGGACAGGAUCAAGAGGUUGAGGCUCAGCAAGGAGGCAUUAAGUAAAUGUGAGAAGCGCCGUCAGAAAGCGGCGGAGGCGUGGGUGAGGGGGGCGCACGCGGCGAGACAGGAGUCCGCCGCCCUGAGGAGGGAGGAGAAGAGGAAGCAGGAGAAGGAGAGGAUACUGGCGGAGGACGAUCCUGAAAAACAGCGUCGUUGGGAGCUGAAGGAGCAAAAACGUCAGCAGAAACGAAAGACGCCCAAGUUGAAGCAACUCAAAGUGAAAGCUCUUUAAUAAAAAUAAGUUAAAUAAAA